AUGUCUGAUCUACCGAAUAAAGAGGUGCUUUUGCCUCCGUUGCCUACAGAACAUGAAGAUGUUCUUACUUCACCUACUAGUCCCCAAUUAUCAAAACAACACCCUCAGUUAGGUGCCCUUCAUACCCUGAUGAAUGCAAAUCCUGUUUACGUCCAUCAUUCGGCUGAAACCUCCACAACUACUGCUUCAGCUACAUCUGCUUCACUAUCGCCUCCCCAUCGUCUCCUCACUCCUUCAACAGAUUUGACUACCUUUGAAAUGGAACAGUUUUAUGUCAAAGAACAAACAAAUGGUAAUAUGAACGAACCUGGAAAAUCACACAUCAUAUCGUCAAGUAUCUCCGAGGCUUCAGGAAUCAUUUCUACUGAUGAUACAAUUUCCAAUUUCAACGAAGAGCUUCCUUUGGCAUCUGCUCCAGAUUUCCAACUAGAAAGUCCAAGAUUAACCUUCCCACCCGCCUUAAAGCUAGCCUUGAAUAUGAAUGGCUCCACUAGUCCCUUUGCUGCAUCUAUUACAGAUACAGAUGAAAUACUUUCUCCAACAGCCUCCACGCCUACCAUAAAUACCACGAGCAGACAACACGAUAUAGUCCGCCCAGCUCUUGGAUCAUCAACUACAACAACUAACAGCACGCCAGCUUCAACAAGCCUUACACACAGCCACGCCAAUAGCGUAUCAAGCAAUACUACUUCAACUAUGUGCGAAAUCAAUAAUGUUGGUGGUAAUAACAAUACCAAGCAUUCUAGCAAUACCACCAGCGGGAGCAGUAAUGCUGCAGGGGGUGGAUCUAUCAACCAAUCCCCUCUUAAAAGACUCAAAUCCUUUACAUCGAGAGGUAUUAGAAAGCUAUCUCUUCUGAAUCAGAAUCAGAACCAGAAUCUUAAUCAGAACCUGGCAUUAAGUCAAAAUAUGAGUGUUAACAAUGGCUUGCCCGCUACACCUUCAUUCACUUUUGGCAUACCUCCAGCGGUUCCACUACAACAUCCAAGCAACUCUCCUUCGGCAAUUUCAGCAAACACUAGCACGUCUAAUGGUCUACCUGCACCACAAGGUGCAAACGGAGGAGAGGGCUAUUUUGGUAAUUCCUCUUCUAAUACUCCAACAUCAAAUUCUUCAUUCUCCAAUUUAUCCAACUAUUUCAACCGGAAAAGGUCAAACACCACUUCCUCUAGUGCAAGUUCACAUUCACUGUCUGUUAAAUUCACUUUAAGUCAAACAUUUGCCACCACUACUAAUACCUCUACUUAUGUUACCCCAAGUUCUGCUACCACUACAAUGGCACCACCACCUCCAGUGCAUACUACUAACGUUAGUAAUAACAACAUUAGUGGUUCAGGGUCGACCCUGAUUCUGGUUCCUACAGUGGAAUCAGUGGAGUCCAAAUUUAUGACUUCGAAUCCUGGGUUUACAUACGAGAGCAAAUUGGAUUGUUUGAACUACUUGAACCAUCUUACAAUCGAACGGAAGGCAAUGGUUGAUUCAGUUGCAUGUUUGAAGCAACAGUUGAGCAAAAGUGGAUGGUUGACCCCCAAAGAUUUAAACGGGAUGAACUUGAGCGAUUUGAGUGGAAUAGAUGAUAAAAUUAAUCAACUAGAAGAGUUGAUAACCAAAAAGAGAAGUACACCUUCUACUUAA